CUAAAUCAACAUUGCAACAAGUUGGCAGUUACUGCACAUUAUACGUUUUGAAAUUAUUUGUUAUAAAAGAAAAGUUUAACGGCAAAUGGAGCAAUUUAAAGGCUUACAGAAAACACUGUACAUAUGGACUGAUAGCGCUGAGCUUGAUAAGCGUGUUCAAACGCUUAAAGAUGCCACCGGCGGUGAAGUUGCAUUGGAGAAUGUACACCGCUUAUCGUUCUCCUCCUAUGCUAACUCGAGCUUUGAUCUUAUUGUAAUAGAGUGCGCACAAUUAACCGACAAUUACGUAAAGCUGCUGCAUAUGCUCAAACAAAGCGGCAAGUUGCAUCUGUUUUCGUACAUUGGACCCGCUGCCAGUUUAUUGCAGGAAAUCAAACUGUCUGGUUUUAUCAAUUGCGCUGAGGACAACCUGGCUAAUACACUGACCGCUGAGAAGCCUGGCUAUGAGACAGGCUCAUCCGCGCGUCUCUCGUUCACCAAAAAGACUUCGAAUAUGAAUGUAUGGAAAAUCAGCGGCGACGAUGAGGAGCUUAUUGAUGAGGAAGAGCUGCUCGAUGAAGUCGACAAACAGAAACCAGACCCAGCAGGACUGCGGGUAUGCAGCACCACGGGCAAGCGCAAGGCAUGCAAAAACUGUUCAUGCGGCUUGGCCGAGGAACUAGAGAGCGAAAAGACUAACAAAGCAGAAAGCGAAAAUGCUAAGUCCAGCUGCGGCAAUUGCUAUUUGGGUGACGCUUUCAGAUGCUCCACGUGCCCUUAUCUGGGCAUGCCGGCCUUCAAGCCAGGCGAGAAGGUGCAGCUGGCAGCUAACUUGUUGAAAUCCGAUAUCUGAGCAGAACAG